CGGCUUUGCUCGUCUCAUCCACACAACAAAAUGCCCAAAGAACCAUCACAUAGUCUAGUAGUAUCGGAUGCCAAGUUAAACGAGCUAUUAAACGAUACGGUGUUUGUGGGUUCUGAUCGUGAAGCUCAAAAGAAUAGAAUCAAGAAUGGAGAUUUUAAUUACUUUAAAGUGGACCAACUUAAAGCAAUGAUCAAGUUUUUGAGAACAGAAUGUAAUCGUUACGAUUUAUCACUUCAAGGAAAAAAAGCCAACCUUGUAGAUAAACUAAAGGAUGCCUUCUUCAAUUCUUCACCUUCGGGGGGUAGUGGUAGCAGUGGCUCUGGAUCAUCAUCUGGAUCUUCUAAACAAACAGCCAAAAGGACGUCAUUCACCACAAUAUCCAAUGCUAUCAAAUUACAAUCAGCCACUGAUGAAGAACAGAGACUUUUAAGAGAAUUUAAUUUGGACAAAACAUUGAAAGGAAGAAUAGAUCCGCACCAACAGGUAGAGCAAUACUUGUAUGUCAAAGUUUUCCAUCAGGGGUUAGCAUCAUUCUCAUUUGAUUUGGAUUUAUCUGAAGAGGAAUUUCAAAAGUUGACGUCACAAAAUUAUCAAAUUAAUAUCCACUAUUUUACUCACGAUAUGGUACCUAGAAACUGGAAUAAUGAACACCCAAUUUUCUUUAAUGGACACAAGUUGGAUAACCCUGCCUUGAACAGAAAAAUAGCUAAAGGAAUGAAAAAGGAAGUACUGAUUGUGUCUACUCCUUUUGUUAUUAAAGGAGAGUACGCAAAAGUAGGUGUAAAUCGAGUAGACAUCAAGGCUGGCCCUUAUAGUACUAUGGAUGGAAGACUAGUUGUAAAUUUUUUGAAAAUGCAAAAGAGUGAGGAGUUGGUUCAAUCAAUAGUAUCUAAAUCAACUGUAAAACAUAACCUAGAUUUGGACAAUGAAAAAGUCUUGGAUAUUCUAUUGGAAAACAAGAUAAAGUAUGUACCAGUAACAUCAACAAAUGAGUCAAUAAUAACCUUUGAUGACACCAGUUCAAAGACAAUAACACCAAUAACAGAGCAAGAGAAAAAGAGUAUUGAGACACUGUUAAAAAUUGUGGGAACAGAGACACCAAUAAGCAAGCACGACGAUAUGAUUGAUGAAUUGGAAGGAUGUGAUGAAAUAGUACCACUCAAAGACCCUCUUUCACUUUGCAGAAUAGAGCUUCCAGCAAAAGGAAAAUUUUGUGUGCACAAAUCUUGUUUUGAUUUGGUUGGAUAUUUGGAUUUUGGAGCGAGUUCGAAAACUUAUAAUUGCCCAAGAUGUGAUAAGCCUCUUCCUUUCGAUCAGCUUAUUAUUGAUCCUUUAAUGCAAAAAAUAUUGUCGAGUGUCAGUCAAGAUGUGGACAAAGUUCUUGUGAGGCAUGAUGGUAGUUUUACAGUUUGUGACGAUGCUCCAAAGAAGAAAAUUGCAACACCAGCUAAACCACCAAUAAUAGCUGACAUUAUUGAUGAUGAUGAUGAAGAUGAUGUCAUUCCUCAUAGCGCUUCUCCACCAUUCAUGAUUAGUACUCCUCCACCUCCAAAUUCUAUAUUGGCAACAAAUACAGCCUCAACUCCUCAAACUCUUUAUCCACCUGUUUCUCUUGCUGAUCUUUCCAGGUUUUUCUCUCCUUCCCUUACCCCUACAAGCAACUCACGUCCAAGUUUAACACCAAGUACACCAACACUCCAAAAAGGUACUCCUACUACUACUAGCAACCCAUCUUCAAACACGAAUGUCAAUAGUUAUGGUCUAUCUGUUGAUGAUGCUAUAGAGAUUGAUUAG